GGAGACGAGCCCUCAUCUCUACAAUUCCUCCGGUUGCUCUCUGCCGUUUCACACUAUACAGUCCGGUCAAUUAACAAAAUCAGAUAGAUCUGGUCCGUUGAAUCUCCCCAAGCGCAUCAAAUCCUCAACGCUUACGACGCAGCGGAAAUUUCCCGUUUCUUCUUCUGCACAAUCACUCUCGCUCUUCAGGUCAAUGGACUGUACCGAGCCCGAUAUAUCGAGUCACCGGCGAGAAGAAAAUGACGAUAAGAGCCUUCAAAUGGGUGUGGAAGUUGUUAAUGGUGAACGCAAGGGCCAAGUGGAAAUUGAUGGUGAAGAAUGUCAAACCCCGAAAACAAAAUUUUCGUCUUCUAACAAGUGUGAAAUGGAUUUUGAUCGUCAGUCGGAGUCUCGGAGCCCGAAUGUUAGCCGUGGUGAGGUAUCAGAAGCCGGUAGUUUUGUUAAAGGUGAGGAAGAUAUGUAUUUGGUGCCGGAAGUUGGUAUGGAGUUUGAGUCAGAAGACCAAGCAUAUAAGUGUUAUAGCAGAUAUGCUGUCUUGGAAGGUUUCAGCAUCAGAAAAGAUUUCGUAAACAAAAGUAGGAUAAAUGGUGCAGUGGUUUCCAGAAGGUAUACUUGUUACAGGCAAGGUUAUCGGCCCAACAAGCAGAAUUCGAGUGCCGGGAAGCCACGGCAGGAGACGAGAACCGGUUGCUUGGCACAUAUGACUAUUGCACGUCAACCCAACGGCAAGUUCAGCGUCACCCAUUUGGAAAAAAAGCACAAUCAUGAGUUUGUAACCUCUUCUACGGCUCACUUGUUGCCCUCGCAGAAGAGAUUGACUUUUGCUCAAGCAGUUGAAGCUGAUUUGGGUAAUGAUUGUGCGGUGGAUGGGGUGCUGAAGCUUGGAAUGGCGUUUGACUCGGAAGAUCAUGCGUAUGAGUUUUACAAUGUGUAUGCUGGACGAGUAGGUUUUAGUGUUAGGAAGGAUUAUGUAAAUAGGAGUAAGAUAGAUGGUGCUGUGGCGUCGAGAAGGUUUACUUGCUUCAGGGAAGGUUUCCGGCAGAGAGACAGACGGGAUAUGAAUGUUAAGAGGCCUCGAAAGGAAACCAGGAUUGGAUGUUUGGCACAGUUGGUCAUUUCUCGACAGCCUGACGGUAAAUAUCGUGUCACUCACUUUGAAGAGAAGCACAAUCAUGAGCUUGUCGCUCCAUGUAGAGUUCACAUGUUACGAUCGCAAAAGAGAUUAGUUGCGGCUCAAGUUGAAGGAAAUUUAGUAGAUAGUCCUAACGGUCAGCCAAUGUUAGCUUCUGAAUUAGUGUAUAAGAAUUUUAGAGAUUGCAAUGACCUCAGUUUUGAUCCCAUAGAUUAUAAGAAUAAACUAUCUUCCAAACGCACAACAGAAAUGAGGGAGGGAGAAGCUGGAAAAAUUCAGCAAUAUUUUCAGGGAAAGCAUAAAAACCCUUCAUUUUUCUAUGUUAUGCAACCUGAUGCUGAAGAUCAAAUAACGAAUGUGUUUUGGGCUGAUGCAAAGAUGGUGAUGGACUAUAGUGAUUUUGGUGAUGUUGUUUGCUUUGACACAACUUACAAGAUACAUAAAGAUUCCAGACCUUUUGCACCGUUCAUCGGAAUAAAUCAUCAUAAGCAAAUGAUGAUAUUUGGUGCUGCACUUUUGUACGAUGAAACUGUUGAAUCUUACAAGUGGCUAUUUCAAACUUUCAUAGAGGCGAUGUCUGGAAAAAAACCAAAGACCAUCUUCACGGAUCAGGAUGAAGUGAUGGCUGAGGCAAUCGGUUCAGUGUUUCCAGGAACACAUCAUCGAAUGUGUGUGUGGCACGUCUACCAGAAUGCACUGAAACAGCUCGGUUACAUGUUUGCUGGUUCAAGUUCCUUUGGCAGUGAUUUAAGCAGUUGCUUUUUUGAUCAGGAAGAGGAGGAUGAUUUCAGUAAUGCUUGGAAUGCUAUGCUGGACCUGCACGGUCUUUGGGAAAAUGAAUAUUUGCAUGGAAUAUAUGAAGAUAGAGAAAAAUGGGCCAUACCAUAUGGAAGGCAUAUUUUCUCUGCUGACAUAGAAAGUGCAUUACGAUGUGAAAUUUUCACUUCAAACUUGAGAAAGCACUUAAAGCCUGAUUCAGACGUGAUUUUGUUGUUAAAGCAUCUAGCAAAGGUAGUGAAUGAUCUGCACUACAAAGAGUUAGAAGCCAACUACGAUAUGACCCAACGCCCAUCAAGGAUAAUGGGGGAUGUGAUUCUUUUGAAGCAAGCAAGGGAUAUUUACACCCCACCAAUUUUUGAACUGUUACAGCAGGGAUAUGAAACGUGUCUGAAUAUCGUUGUGAAUCGCUGCACUCAUAGUGGGGCAUUAUUCGAGUACAGAGUAAGUAUAUAUGGGCAACAGAGGGAGUACACAGUUACUUUUAAUUCUACCGACGAGACCGUUGCCUGCAACUGUAUGAAAUUCGAAUUUGUUGGAGUUUUAUGCAGCCAUGCGUUGAAAGUGCUUGAUUAUAGGAACUUGAAGUUGAUUCCAACCCAGUACAUUUUGAAGAGAUGGACAAAAAAUGCAAGAGCUUGAAAACUACUGUGGUAACUUUUGGCGCUAGCGCAUGAGAAUUGUUGGCUAAUUGGUUAUUGUUGCUGGAUUUGGAGAAUCAACUUAAUUGUAUUUCCGACAUUAGGUGACCAAAAAUGUAGUUUAGAAACAGAACGUAGUGCAAAUACUGUACAAAUAUCUUUCUAAUAACUUCUUGUAUUUUAUGUUGAUUCACAAUAAAAGAAUAUCAAACCCU